AUGGAACUGAGAGGUGGAGGGGUCAAGCCUGAAAAGGCAGCUUCGAAUAUGAAGUUGAUUAGCACUUCCUCAGGUAUACGGGUUUCUCAAGCAUGUGACAGGUGUCGAAUCAAAAAGAUCAAAUGCGAUGGUAACUCACCAUGUUUGAAUUGUAAAAAAGCAGAGUUUGAAUGUAAAACGUCGGAUAAGUUGACGAGACGUGCCUUCCCCAAAGGUUAUACCGAGAAUUUGGAAAAAAAAGUUCGUGCUUUAGAAGAAGAAUUGGCUUUGCUCAAAGAAAGGCUGGGAGAACAGUUAACACCCAAGGAUGUAAGUCUUGUGCACUCAGGUCAGCAAACCAAAGAGGCAUCACCAACGUCGAUACCGACAACCACAACAACGGCCAACGACAAGGUGAUGUUUCAAUCCACUGCCCAAACUGUGCAAAUAAAUAAUCCUAUUGACCAGAUCUUCAACUUGGACGACCGUGGAAUUAUCAUUGGUAACGACAACUUAAAUUUUGAAUCGCAAUUUAACCACUUGUUGAUCAACAUGAACUUGCCAUUUUUGAAAAUCACAAAUAGUCACAAUUUCUUACUCAAUGACCCACAUGACUACUUGUAUAAUCCAUCAUACGCAAAGAGUAACCAGUUUCACAACAAAAAUUUGGAUGCCAUUUACAAUCCAUUGACAAAGACGCACAGUCCCGAGCCUGGACUAAACGAACUUCCAGGAGAUGUUUAUGACCUUUUCAUAAAAUUGAUAAACAAUUUCAAGAAUAUCUUUCGCAGCAAAAAAGAACUCGAUAUUCAAAUUGCACUGUUUUUUUUAAACUACAACGUAUUUAUUCCCAUUUUUGACUACCACCAGUUCAUGGAGAACUAUGACGAGUUUCAUACUAUGUAUCCAUUUAUAUUUACCUACGAUGACUCAACGAUCAAUGGUUUCAACUUGUCAAACGCCAACGACUAUGAUGUUGUCAAUAAAUUUCUUAUGACAAUUAUUCAAAUCUAUGCGAUGGUGAUAAUCACCAAUCCAACAAUAAACCUCAACUUACUUUUGAACCAUUCUGAUCCUCAUUAUCUGAUAAAUAGUCGUGGGGAAAAAUCUAUUGUCAAGUCAUUGUAUGAUUUCUUACCCUAUUUUAAUGGUUUUCAAAUUUCAAUUCACCAAUUACAAACGUACUUAUUACUAUUAUACUACUCGCUUUUAACCAACAACAAGGAAAAAUCCCUUAUUUUGUCAUCAUUGAUCAAUGCCUUUAUAGGUAUAUUGGGUAUCAACCUUAACUCCAAAAACUUAUUUUUCAAUGAUUUAUCGCUAAGUCAGCAACAACGAAGGAAUCGGGUAAAGAUUUUUUGGAACUUUAAAGUUCUCUUGAAAUGCUUCAAUUUGAAAUUUGGAUUUAAACCGAGUCUUAAUACCACUGUAAUUAACCCGGUUACUAUUGAUCGAUAUUUCCAAUUAACGCCAGAAAAAUUGUCACUGCUUUUAGGGGAGGAUGACACCGAUCUAUUUAACACGAUGCUAAAGCCAAGUAUUGAGUUUCUCAAUCUUAUGAAUAUUGUGAUCCCAUCUUCAUUUUCACCAAACUACUAUCAAUAUUUGAAAAACGAUACGAAGAAAAAAGAAAGAGAAAAGGGGAAAGAGCAUCAUAGUCAUAAUCACCAUCGUCUUGAUUGGAUCUUGAAUGAAGAUGACGGAGAAGGAAAUGACGGAAAUCUAAACUAUAAUUUUAACCAGUUUUUAGUCAUUGAUAAAAACCUUGCAAAUUGGAGAUUAUCAUUAAAGGCUAAAAAAUUGUCCCUAGCACCAUUCAAUAUCAAUAUGGGACUUCCAAACAUCCUAAACAUCACCGAAAAUGAUUUGUACCAUGAUGUGUCUAAGGAGUCCAUACCCAAGGAAAUAUUGAUGAAUUAUUAUCAGACUGGGGGGCAGGUGGAUAUUUAUACAGCUUCACAACUCAUCAAAAUUCAGCUUAAUUUUCAUUACAUUCUAAUCCGUUCGAUGAACUAUCUCAACUUUAUAGUGGAUAAGGAGCUCAAUGCUGUUUACUAUAAGCAAAUUGCACUUAUUUCGCAAGAAGUCCUUCAUUAUUUCCUUUUAAUUUUUGACCAUGUUGGUAAAUUUCAUGAAAAAAUGGACGAACCAAGAAUUUCAACAAACUCUAUUGUUAUGGAAAGCUUGGGACUCGACGUAGAUGAAGAUGGAUUCGUCAUUAAUGAUUUCUCAGUGAAACGAAGACGCAAGUCUCACUCUAAGCAGGGCCAUGCAAAAAAGAUUGUCAGGGAUAUUCCAUUAUCACCAUUCAACCCUAUGCUCAAUGGAUUAUCGUUAACAGUUAUUAAUUUGAAGAAAUCCAUCGUGCUUCAAAUGUUGUACUUGUUGAUAUGUCAAAUGAAGUAUAUCAAGCAGAAUAGCCUAAUAAAAGAUGUACAUCAUUCUUGUUUGUUGCUCGUCAACUCAGUUGAUUUGUUUCUCAAAGUCUUUAUCAACUAUAAGCCUGGCAUGAGCCCCGGGAAAACCAAUGACGAUAUAUUGUUUCUGAAGUUAUUAAACGAUGAGUUAAGAGAGGAUAUGUUGCACUAUCAACAACAGAGCCAUCAUGAUUCAGACGAUGAGGAUGAUGAGGAUGGACAUGGAAUAGGCACAAAGGAAGGAAAUUACUACAAGAGCAUAGACUGGGACAAUGAAAAUCUCGAUGAGGAUUUGAAGUACCUUAAAAUUUGCAAAUUUAUCAAGUACAGAUCACAAGCGUUCCUUGAGCAAUUGAAUAAUAGUACUAACAUAUCAAGAGGAACACUGGUUCAGGUAUCUACAAAUGGAAGAAAAGUGUCAGCGCCAGCAUCAGCACCGGCACCAGCAUCAGCACAGGCACAAGCACAGGCACAAGCACAUGCACCAGCACAAGCACCAGCACAUGCACAAGCACCAGCACAAGCACAGGCACAAGCACCAGCACAAGCACCAGCACCAGCACCAGCACCAGCACAAGUAAAUGCGAAUUUACAUGCUUCUGUAAACACAUCAACAUCUUCUCAUUCAGCUAGCGAGUUGACCAGUUAUGCUGGCCAGUUUUAUUCAAAAACAGACUCUUCGCCAUAUUUUCCCAAAUUCGACGACUUUUCCAAUGGGGUAGAUUUAGGCAUAAAUGUAGGUGUUGGACCAAGAACAGGAACCGGGACAGAAGUCGGGGCAGAAAUAGGAACGAUCAAAGCUAGCCAAGAUUUCGAUGCAGCCCAAGACUUGAUGGGGUUGAAGAGAAGUUCAUCCCAAAGUAGAAACUAUCCAUAA